ACAGCGCCUCGCCCCGCUGCCGCUGGGGGUCCGCGGACCCAGCCCCGGUGCGAUCGCGGAGAACGCGUGGCGCGCGGGCGACGGUGCCGCGCUUCCCGCCUCCUCCCCACCGCAGCCGCAGCUGCUCAGCCCCUCCUCCCCGCAGCCCCGCUGCCCUCCGCUCUCCUGAGAGUUUCCCGGCACCUUCGGCGAGGAGUUUGGAGCGGCCGGGCUGCGCAGCCCACGGCUGGCCAAGCGCGAGCGAAGGAGCCGGCGACGCAGGUGCUAGGGCCCCGGGGCCGGCGCCAUCUCUGCUUUCCGUCGGGGUUCGACUCCGGGCCAGAGGUCUCCUGCCUACUUUGGAAGUCGAAGGGACUGCGACGUAAACCAAACCUCUUGUAUUUGAUACAGAGUUUGAACUUCUUGAUGGUUUAUUCUCCAAAAAAUGUAGCAGUAACUGCCCUCAAAUAUCCAGGCCAUCUACAGCCACUGAGGCCAACUAUUUAGAACAGUCCUGGAAGUGGAGCUUAUUUCUGGGUGCACAUAUCUGAAGUAAGAUGAUUUAUCAAAAAUUCUGCAUGAUUUUGUUACAGUGGGAGUUUGUUUGUGUGAUAACUGCAUUUAACUUGGCAUAUCCAGUUACUCCCUGGAGAUUUAAGUUGUCUUGCAUGCCAGCAAAUGCAACCCAUGACUACUUCCUCUUGCCUGCUGGAAUCUCCAAGAACACUUCAAAUUCGAGUGGACAUUAUGAAGCAAUUAUUGAAGAUAAAUUAAAUUCAAGUGACACCUACUUUUCUAACUUAUCCCAAACAACAUUUUACUGUUGUUUUUGGAGUGAGCAAGAUACUAACUGCUCUGUGCAUGCAGACAACAUUGAAGGGAAGACAUUUGUUUCAACAGUAAAUUCCUUAGUUUUUCAACAAGUAGAUCUGCAGUUGUUUAUCUCAUUAUUAUCAGGUGAAAACUGGAACAUACAGUGCCAGAUGAAAGGGGACUUGAAAUUAUUCAUCUGUUAUAUGGAGUCAUUACUUAAGAAUCCUUUCAAGAAUGUUGACCUUAAGGUCCAUCUUUUAUAUGUUCUGCCUGAAAUGUUAGAAGAUUCUCUUCUGGUCCCCCAAAAAGGCACUUUUCAGAUGGUGCAGUGCAACUGCAGUGUUCAUGAGCGUUGUGAGUGUCAUGUGCCUGUGCCAGCAGCCAAGCUCAACUACACCCUUCUUAUGUAUUUCAAAGUCACAUCUGGUGGAGUGUUUUUCCAGUCCCCUCUCAUGUCGGUUCAGCUCCUAAAUGUCGUGAAGCCUGAUCCACCAUUAGGCUUGCGUAUGGAAAUCACAGACAGGGGCAAUUUAAAGAUUUCUUGGUCCAACCCAGCCCAGGUACCAUUUCCACUGCAAUAUCAAGUGAAAUACUCGGAGAAUUCCACAACAAUUAUAAGAGAAGUUGCUGAGAUUGUAUCAGCUACAUUCCUGCUAGUAGACAAUGUGCUUCCUGGGUCUUCAUACAAGGCUCAGGUGAGAGGCAGGAGACUGGACCGUCCAGGAACAUGGAGUGACUGGAGUACCCCUCAAAUCUUUGCCACGCAAGAUGUCAUUUACUUUCCACCUAAAAUUCUGACAAGUGUUGGGUCUAACGUUUCUUUUCACUGCAUCUAUAAAAACGAGCACAAGAUUGUGUCCUCAAAGCAGAUUGUUUGGUGGAUGAAUUUAGCUGAGAAAAUUCCUCAAAGCCAGUAUACCGUUGUGAAUGAUCGUGUCAGCAAAGUUACUUUUCCCAAUGUGAAUGCAACCACACCUCGAGGGAAGUUUACCUAUGACGCAGUGUACUGCUGCCGUGAACAUGAAUGCCAUCAUCGCUAUGCGGAAUUAUAUGUGGUUGAUGUCAAUAUCAAUAUAUCAUGUGAAACUGAUGGGUACUUAACUAAAAUGACUUGCAGAUGGUCAGCCAAUACGAUCCAAUCACUUGUGGGAAGUACCUUGCAGUUGAGGUACCAUAGGAGCAGCCUUUAUUGUUCUGAUAUUCCAUCUAUUCAUCCCAUAUCUGAACCCAAAGAGUGCCAUUUGCAGAGGGAUGGUUUUUAUGAGUGCAUUUUCCAGCCAAUCUUCCUAUUAUCUGGUUACACAAUGUGGAUUAGGGUCAACCACUCGUUAGGUUCACUUGACUCUCCACCAACAUGUGUCCUUCCUGAUUCUGUAGUGAAACCGAUGCCUCCAUCCAUUGUAAAAGCAGAAAUCACUGUAAACAUUGGCUUACUGAAGCUAUCUUGGGAAAAGCCAGUCUUUCCAGAGAAUAAUCUUCAGUUCCAGAUCCGCUAUGGCUUAAGUGGAAAUGAAAAACAAUGGAAGGUGUAUGAGGUACAUGAUGCAAAAUCAAAGUCUGCCAAUCUGUCAGUACCAGACCUGUGUGCCGUCUAUGCCGCUCAGGUGCGCUGCAAGAGGUUAGAUGGACUAGGAUAUUGGAGUAAUUGGAGCAAGCCAGCCUACACUGUUGUCAAGGAUGUGAAAGUUCCUAUGAGAGGACCUGAAUUUUGGAGAAUAAUUGAUGGAGAUGUUACUAAAAAGGAGAGAAAUGUCACCUUACUGUGGAAGCCCCUGAUUAAAAGUGACUCACUGUGCAGCGUGAGCAGAUAUGUGGUAAACCAUUACACUUCCCACAAUGGAACGUGGUCUGAAGAUGUGGGAAAUCACACCAGAUUCACUUUUAUUUGGGCAGAGCAGGUGCAUACGAUUACAGUUGUGGCCAUCAAUUCAAUUGGUGCUUCGUCUUCCAAUUUUAAUUUAACUUUCUCAUGGCCUAUGAGCAAAGUAAAUAUCGUGCAGUCACUCAGUGCUUAUCCUUUAAACAGCAGUUGUGUGAUUCUGUCCUGGCUACCAUUGCCCAGUGACUAUAACCUAAUGUAUUUUAUUAUUGAGUGGAAAAAUCUUAAUGAAGAUAAUGAAAUCAAAUGGCUUAGAAUCCCUUCAUCUGUUAAGAAGUAUUCUAUCCAUGAUAAUUUUAUCCCCAUUGAGAAAUAUCAGUUCAGUCUUUAUCCAGUAUUUAUGGAAGGAGUGGGAAAACCCAAGAUAAUUAAUAGUUUCACCCAAGAUAAUGAUGAGAAACUCCAGAAUGAUGCUGGUCUAUAUGUAAUUGUGCCAAUAAUUAUUUCCUCUUCUGUCUUAUUGCUUGGGACAUUGUUAAUAUCACACCAAAGAAUGAAAAAGCUGUUUUGGGAAGAUGUUCCAAACCCCAAGAAUUGUUCCUGGGCACAAGGACUUAAUUUUCAGAAGCCAGAAACGUUUGAGCAUCUUUUUACCAAGCAUGCCGAGUCAGUGACAUUUGGCCCUCUUCUCUUGGAGCCUGAAACCAUUUCCGAAGACAUCAGUGUUGACACAUCAUGGAAGAACAAAGAUGAGGUGGUGCCAACAGCUGCGGUCUCACUGUUUCUGCCAUCUCCAGAUUUUGAAAAGGAUUCUAUGUGUAUUGGUGAGCAAGGCAACAAUGCUAACUUCUCAGAGCUGGAGAGCACCCAGGUAACCUGUGAGGACGAAAGCCAGAGACAGCCCUCCGUGAAAUACGCCACACUGGUCAGCAACUCAAAAUCAAGUGAGACCAGCGACGAGCGAGAACUGAUCAACAGUUCAGUGAGCAAAUGCUUCUCUAGCAAAAAUUCUCCGCUGAAAGAUUCUCUCCCCAAUAACUCAUGGGAGAUAGAGUCCCAAGCAUUUCUUUUAUUAUCAGAUCAACACCCCAACAUAAUUUCGCCACAUCUUACAUUCUCAGAAGGAUUGGACAAACUUUUGAACCUGGAGGCAAGUUUCCCCGAAGAAAAUAAUUGUGAAAAGUCUGUCUAUUAUUUGGGUGUUACCUCAAUCAAGAAAAGAGAGAGUGGUGUGUUUUUGACUGACGAAUCAGGAGAGCUGUGCCCGUUCCCAGCUCACUGUUUGUUCACUGACGUCAGAAUCCUCCAGGACACUUGCUCACAAUUUGCAGAAAAUAAUUUCGACUUAGGAACAUCUGCUAAGAAGACCUUUGUAUCUUACAUGCCUCAGUUUCAAACUUGUUCCACUCAAACUCAUAAGAUAAUGGAAAACAAGAUGUGUGACUUAACUGUAAUUCCAUGAGAGACCUGAGUAGUGUUAUAAUGAACUAUGUGAAGUGUAAUAUAUUCCUCUGCACUUGUGGAUGAGGGAGAGAAAACCGUAAGAGUCAAAUUUGAAAAUGAUUGUCCCAAACUUAAUGGUGUCUGUCAUCCCUCAGUCAUACAGACAAAAAAUGUGAAGAAGCCUUCAUAAACCUCCUGAUGCAGAUGGACUUUUCUAGCAGUUUUAUUCACAAGCUACAGUGGGAAGGUCUCUUGUUUCUAGCUAUAAAUAAGCCCAAGAAAUACUGUCUUUUGUGAAUAUUAGAUUUGUGUAGAAAGAGCUAGUCUUCUGUAUUACAUCAACACCUGAAAGAAGACUUCUAAGUGACACUUGUGAGAUGUAAUUGUUGUUUCAGGGGUGUUUGUUUUGCCAUGAAUUGUCUUUGUUUUGCACAUGUGCAUGCUCACACACACACACACACACACGUUUACACCUAAUAGGUAUCCUUGUACAUUUUGAAAGUAUGUGUUGUGUUUUUAUUCUGUGCUAUCAGACUGUGAUUUGAAGUAAGUACUUCACUCAGUGUUGAAGAUAAAUAGAGAGCUUAGGCCUCGUUUAAUGAGUUCGACUUGUGAAGCCUGGCUGUCCCAAUCUAAGAUGCAUUUCAUAGAAUGACACCACCCAUUAGAAUGGUAAUACCCAUAACCAAUAUCUUAAUGACAACAGAAACAAUUUUGAAAACAUAAUGCAAAUGUUAAGUCCUCUUUAAAAGAUCUGAAAUUGUCACUUUCUGAUACAGUUAGAUUGCACAUCACUGUUUUAUCACUCUGGAAUCAUUGUGUUUCCCAUGCCCAUUUGCACAUACACUCUUUUCCCUCUCAUGCAUUGAGCAUUCUCUACAUAAACCAACACUGUGCUAAUACUUUACCUCAGUUAAUUACUGCAGUAAUUGUGGGGACAUGCUUUACUGCUAAACCUCUGUUAAUGACAGGGACAUUAUUUGCCCAUGGUUACAGAGUUACUGGGUGAUGAAACCAGAAUUUAUAUUUAGGUCCACAUAUUUUAAUAAUAAUUAUCUUGUUUUUAAUCUCUACCUUAUAUUACAAAUCCAUUAAGUAUACUUACUUGUCAUCAAAUAAAAUUUCUUAAGUAGAAAUAUAAUCCUGGGUGGAAAUAAGUGAGAAUUAGAUCUCAUCCAUGCCUUUAAGGACUUAACAAUGAAUGCAGAAGUUUAUUAUUUGUUUCAACUUUUGGUAUGGUAAGGAAACACAAAGAUUGCAUAUUGGCAGUAAGCUAGGAAAUGACACACAUGGAUGUCCAAUGACAAGAAGUAAGAAGCUGAAGAUUAUUGGUAUCCUCAAAAUGAGUAUUUUUGUGUUAAAAAAAUAUGCCUCUGGGUUUCUAAACAGCAUUAGAGUUUCAUAUGUAGAAUUCUGAUUUUACUAUUAUCCUAAACAUAUUCCUACAUCCCAUUUAUCUUCUAAUUGUGCCAUAUGACCUGAGCAAUUAUAGGCAACAAUGAGGAUCCCAGACCCCAGUUGAUUUUUUUUCAUAUUUUAUGGUAAUUUCUCACUCAAAUCAUUAAAAUUGUUUCAUUAGUUUGAGAGUAUUUCAGCAAGCUCAUGGAAAAGUGGAAUUAAGAGAUGUUUAUUUUGGUGAAAAAAAUUUGAAAUCCCUGCAUAGUUUUUCAAAAUCUGCACUUUCCAUGAACUUUUGAAGCCAUCCUGUGUUAAAUCCCUCUUUCCAAAUUUCAAACGUAUGUUCCAUCCCUUCAGGAAUAUUGAGAUUACUCAAAAGCUGAAGGAAGACAAACUUUAGAUUGUAAGUAUUGUUGAGAGUUGCACAUCCAGGGCUCAUAUGUAGAGUUGGACAACAUGCUAAUGGAUUAAAUUAUAUGCAACCAGAAAGUUCUGUGUCACUUAGAUGUGAAUGAAAAAUAUUUCUUCCUAAAUUAUUUUCUGUAGUCUUAUUUUAAGAGAAAUUUCUUGUACUUCUCAUAUUUUAGGGGUCAUCUUAGUUUAUCAAACUCUAGUAUUCAGUAUUGAGAAGUACAUUCUCAAUUUUAAAAUAGUGAAGGAUAGUAUAAUCAUCCAUCCUACUAUGAUUAAAACAGUUGCAUUUGAGGAAACAUUUAAACAGUUACUUGCAAUGUGAAGAACUAGUUAUAAAAGGAAGCUAGCUAAGUCAGUAAUUUUAGUCUUUCUUGAAUAACAGUUUUGUUAAAGAAUAAAGCACUCCUGUACCUAAUCACAAUGUUUCAGGAGCAAUUUAAGACACAAAAAUCCAAUAGAACUGAAAUGUUAUUUCAUGUAUUUGUAUGAGCAUCAAGAAGUGGUUUCCACGGUGUUUUAUAUUGAAUGACUUAUUUUUAUACAAGUUUAUUUAUUUUAGAAAGCUGGUGAAAAUGUCUAUUUUUCAAAAUUAAUUAUGUUUAAUAUAUAGGGUAUUUAGUUCCAUUUUGUGAGGAUCUCUGACAGGGUAUUUUUAAUAAUGUUUAUUAGAAAAAAACCUGGAUCUAAGAAUGAAUUUGGAUGAUAUUUAAUUUUAUAGUGAAAUACUUAUAUUGAACAUGUUGUAUUUUUAAAACCUGUCAUUAAGUGGCAUGCAGUUAAUACUUUCUAGUCUCAAUUGGUUUGUUAAUAAAUAUUAGAAAUAUAAGCGCCGAGGUAUUCAUCAGUAAUUGUCCUAUAAAAUUUAAUUAUCCUAAUUAUCAUGUUUUUCCAAGAGAGAAGGUAGCCUGAAGCACGAAGGAAUAUUUUCAUCUAUUUGUCAUUAUGAAUCAUAAGCAAUGUUAAAAGCUUUGAGAAGUGAAAGUCCAAAUAGAAUUACCAUGAAUUUAUUUUAGUAUUAUUUUUAUUAAUUGGAUAAUAAAAUCAAUAAAUAUUUCAAAAUAUAAGGAAGUAAUGCUUACAGUUUAUGUAAGUUUUUGUUCAUUGUUAAGCUUUAGUUUUAACUUCGCAAUUCCUACAAACAUGUGUGUUGCAUUUGAAGGGGCUUGAAAAUAUUUUGGAUCCAAGUACUUCCAAUUACUGUACCCACUCAAAAGAUCACCCUACCUCCUUGUCAUACUGGCAUAGCCACGCGUAGUGAAAGAUUACUCAUGUUAAUCAUCAGGAGCUCUUUAUUUUGAUCUCACAGUUCUUUAAGAAAUCUUAUUCGUAGUGAUUUAUGAUAUGUAUUUUGUCAUUUAGGUUUCUAACUGUGGAUUUUGCCUCUAUGUGAGCUAGUAUUCAGAUCUAUCCUCCUUCUCACUUUGUAAUUUUAAAAUGUAAUUAAAACAAAUUAAAAAACAAAACCAAAUGCACACAGGGAAAAAAAACCAUCAAAUAGUAUAGAUAAAUAUAAAUAAAAAGUGGUUCUCUUCCUUUGUGCACAA